CGACACGAUCUCCAACGAUAAAAGCCGACGUAACAACGGUAACAUAAACAAAGAAGCCUCUCCAUCCAUCCAUCCAUUCAUUCGUUCAUUCCUUACUCGGUUUCUACGCAGUUUGCUUUUCUUUCUUAGUUCUUAAUCUUCCCACUCAAUCUCCUUUUUCUGAGUAAAUUUUUACACAUACCCACUUCAUAUCCUUUCCGAUUUCUACAUUUUCUUCAUCAUUUCGUUACGUACUAACCAAAAUCAGCCUAAUCAGGUAAACUGUAUAUUUGAAGGAAAUGACUGACCUUCAAGGCAUUGCUAUGUCAGCUGCAGUAAACCUUGUGUCUGCACUGGUAUUUCUUAUUGCCUUUGCCAUAUUACGGCUUCAACCUAUAAAUGAUAGGGUGUACUUUCCAAAAUGGUAUCUGAAAGGAAUCAGAGCAAAUCCAGCCCAUUCUAAAGGGCUUGUAACCAAGUUUGUCAACUUGGACUUUAGAAUGUAUUUGCGGUUUCUUAAAUGGAUGCCUGAGGCUUUGAGAAUGCCAGAGCCUGAGCUUAUUGAGCAUGCGGGACUUGAUUCUGUGGCUUAUAUUCGCAUUUAUCUUCUUGGCUUAAAAAUAUUUGUUCCUAUUGCGGUUCUAGCAUUUGCUGUUCUGCUACCUGUUAAUUGGACUGGGAGAAUGUUGGAAGGUUCUCAUGAUUUGACAUUCAACAAUAUAGACAAAUUGUCAAUAUCAAAUAUUCCAUUUGGAUCAAAUAGAUUUUGGGCACAUAUUGGUGUGGCUUAUGUUGCUACGUUUUGGACAUGUUACAUGUUGUAUAAAGAGUACAAGAUUAUUACAACCAUGAGGUUACAGUUUAUCGCAUCUUCAGACAGGCGUCCGGAUCAAUUUACUGUUCUUGUGAGAAAUGUCCCACCGGAUCCAGAUGAAUCUGUCAGUGAACAUGUUGAACAUUUCUUCUAUGUGAAUCAUCCUGAUCAUUAUCUCUUACAUAAGGUCGUGUACAAUGCCAAUAAACUGGCAAGUUUGGUCGAGAAGAAAAAGAGUUUAGAGAAUUGGCUGACUUACUAUCAGAAUAAAUACGAGAGAAAACCUUCAAAAAAGCCCACUACAAAGACAGGUUUUUGUGGUCUUUGGGGUGCUCGUGUAGAUGCUAUAGAUUACUAUGCCAAGGAGAUUGAGAAACUUAUUGAACAAGAAGUUGCGGAGAAAGAACGAGUUCUAAAUGAUCCAGAAGCUAUAUUACCUGCAGCAUUUGUCUCAUUCAAAAGUCGAUGGGGAGCUGCUGUUUGUGCUCAAACUCAGCAAUCAAGCAAUCCUACUAUAUGGUUGACAGAAUGGGCACCUGAACCUCGUGAUGUUUACUGGGAUAAUCUCGCAAUACCUUAUGUUGAACUCAAUAUUCGAAGGCUGCUCAUGGCUGUUGCCCUCUUCUUCCUCAUAUUCUUUUUUAUGGUCCCAAUAACAUUUGUUCAGUCACUUGCCAAUAUCGAUGGGAUUGAGAAGGUUUUCCCUUUUCUUAAACAUUUGAUUGAAAAGAGAUCCGUCAGGUCUUUUGUCCAAGGGUAUUUGCCCGGCAUCAUAUUAAAGAUAUUCCUCCUUCUCGUUCCGAUUGUUCUAAUGUUUAUGUCCAAGAUCGAAGGCUUCACUUCUUUCUCUUCUUUGGAAAGAAAAGCUGCUGCGAAAUAUCAUUUGUUUAUCUUGGUAAAUGUGUUCCUUGUAAGUAUUAUUGCAGGAACAGCAUUGCAACAACUCAAAAAGUUUCUGCAUCAAGCUCCAAGCGAGAUUCCGAAAACUGUUGGAGUGUCCAUGCCAAUGAAAGCCACCUUCUUUAUAACUUAUAUAAUGGUCGAUGGUUGGGCUAGCGUUGCUGCAGAAGUUCUCAGAUUAGUUCCACUAAUUGUCUUUCACUUAAAGAAUACAUUCUUAGUUAAAACAGAGAAGGAUAGGGAGCAAGCAAUGGAUCCUGGUUUUCUUGACUUUGCUGUUUACGAGCCUCGGAUUCAACUUUAUUUUUUGCUUGGACUAGUUUACUGUGCAGUCACACCAAUACUUCUUCCAUUCAUUAUCGUCUUCUUUGCGUUUGCUUACUUGGUUUUUCGACAUCAGAUUAUCAAUGUCUACGAUCGGAAAUAUGAAAGCGCGGCUGCUUUCUGGCCAGAUGUACACCGACGCAUAAUCGUCGGUCUUGUUAUAUCACAACUUUUGUUGUUAGGAUUGAUGAGCACUAAAGGUCUGAAAGUUUCCACACCGUUUCUGAUCGCCCUUCCGAUAUUGACAAUCUGGUUCUAUAUUGUUUGCAAAGGGCGUUUCGAAUCAGCAUUUACCAGGUUCCCGUUACAGGACGCCAUGAUGAAGGAUACCUUAGAACGAGCAACAGAUCCAAUGCUGAACUUAAGAACAUACCUACGUGAUUCUUAUAUGCAUCCGAUCUUUAAGGGUGGCGACAUUUUCUUUCCACCACCUAGCGAUGAGGAAGAGGGUGCUCCACUCGUACCAACGAAACGAUCACAAAAGAGUAGCAAAGUUACAUCUCUUGCGAGUUCGGAAGCUAGUGUAUAAUCCUUGUGUUUGUAUAUAAGCUUUUAUUUAUUUAUUUUUUUCGAAGGGAAAGUCAGCUGUAAAUGUUGCCAAUCUUUUUAAUUGCAAAUUUUGUCAAAGAAAUGAUUUAUAAUGUUUAAAAGGAAAUAAUAUAUUUUCAAGUUCUAAUUGGCAAUUUUUUAGAAAAUAAUUCUU